AAUUUUGUAAUUAUUAUACAGUUAAAAACUAUUAUUUUCUAGUAUUAAUCGUGUUAGCAAAUAAUAAAUAAAUAUCUUCACAAAGAAAAAUGAGCCUUUUUGGAGAAAUAGUUGAACCAACCAGUCGCACUACUUGGGAAGAUUGGGACGAUGAUUUUGCACAAAACCCAUUUAACACUCAACUUGAAUGGUUGACGCCAUUGGAAUCUAAUGGAAAUAUCAAAACAACAUUUAUUUUAGAAGGGAGAUACUUGUCAAAUUGUAUAAAGCAAGCCCAAGAACUUGCGGAACCUAUCAGCUCAAUUGAUAGUGUUAACUUAAAGCUGUAUAAACUAAAAACAGACAAUGUUCUUGUCUGUACUAUCCAAGAUUAUGAUUUACUCCAAAGCAGUGAUAUUGUAGAAGCUCUAAGACCUGUUGUUAGCAAAAGUAAUAAUGUUAUAUCAUUACUGACAAAGCCUUUACCAGAUUAUCAGUCAACUUCACUAGAUUCAAGCAUGUGUAUUGUCAGAAAACUGAGUACAACCACAGCUCAAGAUAACCAGUUUAAUUUUAAAAACCUAGAACAACCCAACAUCAUAUCUGGAGUGUCAGCCGGUGUUACAUUCUUAAGGGAACAUCUGAAUUUACCUGCAACUGUGUUGGUAUACUAUGUGGAUUUCAGCAAUGAUUAUGUGGAAGAAAUAAACUGUCAAUUGGAAAAGCUAAAACUGAUUGAAACAAGCAAGAGAAUACACAAUAACAUUUUGAGUUCAAACUUGUAUAUAUGAUGGAAUUAAAUGUUAAUUAAAAAACAUAUU